CAGUGCUUCUAAUGAGGACACAGCUGGUCUCCACUGGAUCACCUGAUUUAGCCACUUUGAGGGAUUACCUGACAGGAGACUGGUUUAAGAUGCUGUUGCUGGGCAACAGGUCAGUUCUCUUCAUUUUUCUACCAUCUAGAGGAAUUCCGUUUUUUUUUUUUUAUUCCUUUAAGUCUUACCUCAGAGUGAAAAAUAAAGCAAAAGUCAGAUGUCCUAUUGACAAAUUAAAAAUACACAUUUUGUGCCCCAAUUGUGUCAGAAUGUUCAUAAAAACUGAGCAAAUUAACUCUGUAUGUCGUUAAUCCAAGACUUCCCUUAAUUUAGCAUCACCUUGAAUAGAAAAACCACUGAAGAAUAUAUUAUUGUAAAUGAAUUCAGGCGUGAAGGGGUUAAGGACCCCCCUCUGUUUUGAAGUUCUUCACACCUAGCAGCUCAAAUGAAGCCCGGGGUCCUCAGCUGUCUGUCAACAGCUGAGCCUCAAUAUUUACUUGCUUGCUGAUGGGACAUUGACUUGUAUGAGGCUUUUGGGAUAUUUUUAACUGUCCCUAAUGCCCCUGAGCGAAGUUGGCUCUGUGCAUUAGCAUAAUGCAACAUCAGUGGCGGGGAGUGAUUACGCUGGGGAUGAUUUUGUUGAGUGGAAAUGUGAAAUCUGAUUACCCUGUGUGCUCUCAGCUCGGCGGUGGGAGGGAGGGAGGGAGGAGGGCCGUGGAGGCAGAGGGAGCGAUGCCGGCUGGAGGAGAGAUUCAGAGGGAGGGUGGGAUUAAGAUACCAAUGUGCUGAGCCAAUGGCUUUUCCACAGAGCAGCUGGCUGGCAUCAGGACAGGCCGCGCGCAGGAAGAGGAUACCUUGCUUUCGCAGCGCGCUCGGUGCCGGACACUGAGGCCGACUUUCACGGGGCGUUCAUGGGAUGCACCAUCUAUGCAGCCAGCCCUAAGGCCCUGCCCGCUGACGAGGCCUCCGGCCAGGACCGGUACUACCCGCUCCCCCACUACCACCACCCUCAUGGUAACUGCAGUCAGAGGAUAGCAGCCUGCAGAGCCAGGGCCCGGAGCAUGACGGAGCAGCAGGAGCCGGCCGAAGAGACGGGCCUCCUCUCAACGCAGGACCUGGACCCCUCCAAGGACGACGGCACACACGGACACUUCAGGUUUCACUUGGUUGAAGACUUGUCCUAUGAAGAUGUGAAGAAAUGCUACAGAGGCUCGUGUGUCUCUUGCAGCGGUUUGCUCCAGGCCUUGGAUGUACGCGAGUGUGUGUGUGAGUACGGUGCCAACGUGCUGAGCCUGGUGCAGAGCUCGCGGCCAUUGAGGGAGAGGGUGUUUCCUGCGCCGAGCGGAGCCGGAGGCGCCGGCGGGACCGCUGCUGUGCAGGCAGGCCGGUCCACCAAGGAGCUGCUCAUGACUCUGCCCUGUCCCUCUGCACAGACUGUCAGCAAGUACAACUCGCAGUACCACAAACUGUUCCCAUGCGUGCCCAAGGAUGAAAUUCUUAUGAAAGUGUACUCCUGUGCUCUUCUCAGAGACAUCCUCCUGCAGGGCCGCCUCUACAUCUCCAGACACUGGCUGUGUUUCUACGCCAACCUCUUCGGCAAGGACAUCAAGGUGGCAAUCCCUGUUGUUUCUGUUAGGCUGGUGAAGAAACACAAAACAGCCGGCCUGGUGCCCAACGGCCUGGCAAUCACCACAGACACCGGGCAGAAGUAUGUGUUUGUGUCGCUGUUGUCACGGGACAGCGUGUACGACGUCCUCCGCCGGAUCUGCACUCACCUGCAGGUUGACGGGAAGAGUCUGAGUUUGAAGCAGUUCAUGGAAGAGCCCACCUUAUCCCUGGAUGAGUUUCCAGUUCCAGAUGAGUUCCCGGUGGUCGAUGAGUUCCCGUCGGUCCUGAAGUGGAGAAGGAAACCCUCCGUGGUUUCCGUUUCCUCCUCUCUGCCAGACCUCCUGGGGAACUCCAGCGGCGGUUUGGGAGCAGCAGACACCGUCUUCAAGUCAGAGCCGCUGGAAGAGCGAGGCCUGCAGACAGACAGAAGUCUUUUAUCAGAGCCGGUGGCAGAGCUGGGCCAGAUGGAGUACCAGCUGCUGAAGUUCUUUACCCUGCUCAUCAUCCUCCUCAUCCUCUCCUCCUGCUACCUGGCGUUCCGCGUGUGCAGCCUGGAGCAGCAGCUCUCCUUCCUCAGUAAUCCAAACCUGCCCCUUCGAGAAAGAUAACCGCUGCUCUCCGUCCCUCUGCCUGCUGCCUCCACUCCUCCUGCUCAGAUCACACCAGCUCCCAGCCAAACCAGGAGGAGGAGGACGACCGAUGAGUCCGGCUCGCCGCCUCAUCUGGACCGUCUUCCCAUCUAGUGGUCACUUCCAGACUAUGCAAACAGACUGUAGAUAGGUCUAAGUAGAAAGUAGGUGUUUAGAUGGUGAGGCGGAGUCAAGUCAGGGUGUGAGGAGAGAGAGAACAGGGAUCAGAGAUACUUGAAAGGUGAAAGUGAAGUAUGUGUUAUUCCAUGUCCAUCCUUCUGACCCAACUGUGUUUUUUAACUUUAAAGAUUAGUUGCAACAAUGCACUUUUUUAAAACCACGUAUUUGUUCGUUUAAAUGUAUGUAACAUAAUAGAGCUGUUGUUGCCUUACUGAAGGUACUCUGUAGUCCUUUUUGAAUGUAUUUCAGGAUGACUGUAAUGCUACGUACACACCGGGUUUGUGAUGCACGUUCAAGAAACACACUAAACACACUUUCUCUGGCCCCUGAUGUUCACACUGGGCUGUCGCUACCCGAUACUAGUCUGCCAUCUACAGCUGGAGGAGGCCUAGUGUGAAAUAUCAAAGUGGUGAAUGUGGCUCCUUUUUCUAUCACAGCUCUAUUUGAUAGAAUAAGGACUUGGUCAGUGGUGGACUUAGCAUGUGGGGCAAACAAUGAUAUGGGAGCCUCUGUUUCAGUUGCAUAAAUCUUUGUUUAUUAUUAUUGCUUAAUUAUUAGUCUGAAAACGGCCCAAUCUGGCAACACUGACUGCUGGAUAACUUGUAAAGCUAUGUCCGAAUUCCUUCCCCACAUAUGUUCACCAUUUUCUAUGCUGUCUGAAUUCCAAAAUCGAGUCCUCUAGAAAUUUCCCAGAAUUCUUUGUGAAAAACUAGCGUGCAUUGAUGCUCACUA